AUGCUGCGGCGGCUCUUCAAGCCGCAGCUGAUGGUCCCUUGGUCGCGACAGCCUCCAACCUGCUGCUCCUCCCAAAUAAUCAAUAUUAUUAGCCGUGGCCUUUCCCAGAGGGGGGAGCCGCUUGGUGCAGCAGCACCGUCAAGUGUGAGUUCCGUUUCCGUGCCUCCAGUGGCGUCUUUGCACACACCUGUCAUGCACAGUAAUGCAUUUGCAGCCUCUGAGGUAAAAAAGCUACUUGCGAAGGCACAGUACUCGCUUUUCACGCUGGGGUGGAAUCCAGGCACGGAUGAUUACUGUAUUUACUGUGCCACAACAAAUGAGCUUGUUCGAGCCAAGAAGGAUACCCUCUGGAAAGCUAUCUUCUGGAUGGAGGGGCGCAUUGGGGACGACUACAUCGCAGGUCUUUUAUUCCCCAGCGAUGGGACCCCUGCACUCACGGAGGUGGCAGCUAUGGUGAGAGAGAAGUGCCGCCGCCAAGUCGUUGUCGCUCCAGACACCUGGGGCAUAUGUUACCUGACACUUAAGAAUCAACGGGACUUUGUGAGAGGGAUGGAGCUCCCCGCCAGUCUUGAGCAUGCCGCCUUCCUCCUUAUGCGCGCGAUGUUUAACUCCUCCCUGAUCGAACCAUCCGUGUUCGACGUCACUUCCGGUGCGUACAUAUCUGCUUCGUGCGCCGACUCUGUGAGUGCCGCGCGUGAUUGCUUAGUAAGUUGGUGGGUGCUCUUCAAUGUUCACAAGAAGUUCGGCACUUCGGGCAGCAGAAAGUUGAUUGACCCUGUUGAACAAAUCGUGCGGCGCGUAGUGAAGACUGUAAACGUCUUUGUGGUGGACAUCAAUGUGAGGGUUGGUAAGGGUACCAUUUCGGAGGGGUUCACAAUGAUUGUCACCAUCUACGAUGCACAGAGGAGGUCGCAGUCAGUUCAUAUGAUUCGUAGCUUGGCUGAAGAAUCCGCGAAGCGAAAUACGUUAAACGGUUUACUGUUUGGAGAAGGGACUUCCGCUAUCUCACUAUUUGUCCCAACAGAUCGUACAAAGUCAUCACAACUCCUCGCGUUCGCGCGUAGCUGCAGGCCUUCAUGCCCUUUCUUUGUAACGGAACCGUCGAGCUUGACGCCCUUCUUCUCUGGGGCCCCGGUGACUGAUGGCCUCAGCGAGCAAAGUGACCCGCGCUCCACUUGGGCACUGAUUCGUACCAACUGCUUCGCCCAGUGUCCUGGUAGGAGGUUGGAGGAGGUGCUAGACAGAAAGUUGUUGCAGGGGUUUACAGCGGUCGCCAACAGGUUGUACUCUGACCGCCUGCAUCGUGUCUCACCGGCACUGAUGUCGGCCGCGAGUAGCAUUCCCCUACGUGAGGAACCGCGUGUUGCAUGGGAGCGCGUCGCCAGUCUUGUUGAAGAAGAGCGCAAAAACCCCGUUGCACACGUAAACAAGUCUGCCUUCCUCAAUAAUGUGACCAUCACUGACGCCGAGGUUGUCUUCCGUCUGCAGCAGUGGCACUCGACGAUAUAUGAAAGUCCCGACCGUCUGGAGCGGGAGCGAGAGGCACUAGAGGGUCUCCAGCGGUACUUGGUCGUAGAUCUUGAAACUACAACGGUACGGCGUUACAAACGUGUUGCGAAUCCUUUCACCAAGGAGAACUAUGUUGUGCUCUCCGGUGCCCGCGACUACAGGGGACAAGUUUUCAUGCCCAGCCGCUACUACAGCCGGAACGUUGCACUGCGUUAUGACGAUUUGCAUGUUACCAGCACCCACUCUUUGGUUAAGGGUUCGUCUAAGCACUCUCUAUUUUUACCACCAUUGGAUGACUACGACGUUCUUGUUGGGCACAACAUCAAAUUCGACUUGCUGCAUAUGUGGAGAGAUGUGGAGCUGAGGCGUUUUUUGAAGCGCGGUGGCAAAAUAUGGGACACCAUGUAUGCCGAGUACCUUCUGACCGGUCACGAGGUGAAACUGGGUCACGGUGCAGGUUUAGAGGAGGUGGCGAAAUCAUACGGUGGUCAGACACCAAAACUGGAUGCUGUGAAGCAAGCGUGGUCGUCGGGAAAAGACACGUGCGAAAUACCGUACCGCACUUUGACGCAAUAUUUGCACGGUGAUUUGGAGAACACAGAACUUAUUUUCAAGAAACAUAUAGAACGAGCACUCGCGCAGAGGCAGGUGGUCAUCAUAUUAGCUCGCAUGGAUGGACUUUUGUGCACUACCGAGAUGGAAUACAACGGACUGAAGACAAACGUGCAGCUGGCCUUGUCGCAAAGCAAUGAGCUGAUGUGCAAAGUGAAGGAGCUACGAAGGCAUCUGGACAAUUCGAUACCGAAAGAGAUAUCUAUCGACUGCCGGAAAUAUUUCAACUGGGCGUCUAACCAACAUCUUAUUGCCUUUUUUUUCGGUGGGAAGCUGAAGUUGAGCACUAAUGCACGCGAGAGCAGGCUCCUUCCUGGUGAGGUAUUUGAACGCCACACGCUUUAUGCUCGUCCAGAGGACUAUGAUAAGACUGAGUUCCCCAAGGGUGUCUUCUUGCGGCCCCCAGUGUAUGUAGUCGGGCCCGCCGACUGUCUCAUGGCCACUGGUGUAUCACUCGACAAAGGAACCAAAUUCUUCAAAAUGUAUUUCGAGGCAUACGUGAAACAAGCUGGUUUUAGGAAGAGUUCUUCCGUGACGGACUCUCUUAGACGUGCGAUGGUUUCUGUUUCACGCAUCGACCAGGAGAAGUGCAGCAACCCAGAUGCACUUGUUAAUUUGUUGCCGAAGCGCCACCUGUUUUUGUUUGCUGCCUUCACGCCCACAAGCGAUGGGACAAUAAGUAAGUUAUUCCUCAAGAAUGCGAUAACCGGGGAAUCUCUGACCAUUGCAGGAGAUUGUGCGAACAAAGUGGAGCGACUGCGUGCUUUCAUGGAGGGGCAGGUGGAAGCGCACACAGAGAUGCUUGUCGAUGCGGACGGAGACGGCAGCGCCCCAGCAAAUAACAACGCAUUCGCCGAUGCCCACAUUACGAUCUUAGCUAGGGAUGCUCCCUUUUCGUGUGCACGGUUGCUGCAUUCAGACGAAGGGAUCAGCGCGUACCUGUCGUUACACGAUGGCCUCAAUCCCCAGGAAGAUGUUGGGCAACGCUAUGUCAUCACUCUGGCGGAUACUGUUUCCACGCUGUCGUACUACCGAUAUAUGUACGGAUCUGAUACGGAGGCAGCAUACGCCGAUAAAACAAAGGUUGAUGAGUCGAAGUUGGUGGUGCCUAUGAAGGCUCUUCCCCGGCCGUGCUCGUCAAGAGGUGCGACCUCAGAGGCAUUCAAGAAGAAGCUUGUACAGGAAGCCGCAAUGAAACCGGAAGAUUGGUGCAAUUUGUAUAUUGACAUUUUCCUUCACAUCGGGCAUGCUGCUCUUUGCCGCGAAUCGCUUGAAACAGAGGCUGGGUCGAAGAAGGCGCGCAAGUCCAAGGGAAAAGGUGGAAUUAGGACACCCGGUGAUCUACCGAUUCUUCUCCGCGAGCGUAGCGCUUUUAUCGGCUACUACAACUCUCUUCCGGACGAUGAACGCAAGAAACUAGCCCUCAUGACUAUGCUCGGGAGGACCUGUGGUACUGCCUUUGAUGCCUUUGCAGUAAUGUGCUCGCAUGAUGACAUAGUGGAGGUUAAUAUUGGGGGUCGCUUAAAUCAGUAUGUUCCCAGCCAACUUGACGCAGAGCAGGUGAUGCGCAAGUUUAGGAGCCCGACGACGCGUCAGUUGCAGGUGGGGGAGGACUCACUUACGUACUUCAAGAAAACUCAUGGGGAUAAAACUGCUGAGACGAUUUUGGAAUUACGGGCCAUGGAAAAACUCAUUGGUACAUACUACGAGAACACUGACGAUGGAACAGGAAUGGUUUCACUUGUGCACGAUGAUGACAGUUGCAUACACCACGAGCUAAUACACAAUAAGACUAACACUGGUCGAUUGGCGAGUGCAAAUCCGAACUGCCAGAACAUUCCCAAGGAGGAUAAAUCACCGUUGCGUGAAAUGUUUGUCAGCCGUUAUGGCGAAAAGGGAAUGUGUAUUGAGGCAGAUUAUUCACAGCUUGAAGUCGUCGCAUUGGCUGUUCUUGCGAAUGAUCAGCAAAUGUUGGAGGAUCUUCGGUCUAAUGUGGAUUUCCACUGCAAACGUGUUGCGAUGAUGCGUCCCGACCUGCAAUAUACUGAGAUUCUCAAGAAGGCAAAGAAGGACAAAGAACCGGAGUUUGUUAAGUUGCGUCAGCAAGCAAAAAUCUUUUCCUUCCAACGACAGUAUGGUGCCGGGGUUAAGAUGAUCAGCGAGAGUACUGGGUUAACGCAGGACCAAGUGCGCCAUUUGAUCGAAAAGGAGAGGGAGACUUACCGCGGGGUGGAUGUCUUCAACAGUAUGGUUGCUCUAUCUGCUAAUAAGUUCGAUGCCUCGCUGCAAAAUGGCUCUCGAAAUGUCCGAGGGCACCAGAUUUUCAAGGGCAUGUUCCCUGUCAUCACGGGUAGCCGAUACAUCUUCACGGAGUCCGAUGUGCCAGAGGGACUACUCCGAAACAAGUCACUCGCCGUCAAAUCAACUAAUUUUUCUCCAACACACCUUAAGAAUUACCCAGUGCAAGGGUUUGCCGGUGAGAUUGUGCAAAUUAUGCUUGGGGUGUUGUGGCGCCACUUCCUUCGGAAGGACAACUACGGGGGGUUAGCUGUACUAAUCAACACCGUGCACGACUGCGUAUGGAUUGACUGCCACAUGGAUGUGUUGCAAGACGUUGUCUUGGAAACUGAUGGAAUUAUGAGUAGCGUACGCGAUGUCCUGAAUCGUCUUUACCCUGAGAUGGAGGUGUCUGUGGACUUCCCCUGUGAUGUCGUCGCAGGAGAAAACAUGGGCGCCCUGCGCCCCGUUGUCAUUGAGGAGACACUGUGA